GAGAGCAAAUCAUCUUUCAAGUCUCCUGCCGGCUGCUGCUCAGAGGGGCAGCUAUCAAAUUUUUCCGUCGCGAGGGUUCUCCUGCGCCGUGAGUUCUCUAAACAUUUAGAGGGGGAGAGAGAGAGGAGGUUGGGAGAAGAGAUAAAGCAAGAUGGCGGAGGAAGCGGCGACUGUUACCAGGCCUUCGGAAGAGAAGGGGAGAGAAAGGGAAGGCGAUCUGCCGGAAGAGCUGGAGGAGGGCGAGAUCGUGGAGGACGGCGCGGCGGACCCGCCGGUGGAGCGGCUGGUUGGCGUUGGGGGAGCCCGUCCCCAUCCCCUGGAGCACUCCUGGACCUUCUGGUUCGACAACCCCUCCGCCAAAUCCAAGCAGGCCGCCUGGGGCAGCUCCAUCCGACCUGUCCACACUUUCGCCACCGUCGAGGACUUCUGGAGCCUCUACAAUAACAUUCGUCAUCCAAGCAAGCUGCCAGUGGGAGCAGAUUUUCAUUGUUUUAAAUACAAAAUUGAGCCUAAAUGGGAAGAUCCAAUUUGUGCCAAUGGAGGAAAAUGGACCAUUAGCUGUGCUAGAGGAAAAUCAGAUACAUUGUGGUUACAUACUUUAUUGGCAAUGAUUGGUGAGCAAUUUGACUAUGGUGAUGAAAUUUGCGGAGCAGUUGUUAGCGUCCGUGGGAAGCAGGAAAAAGUAGCUUUAUGGACAAAAAAUGCUGCCAAUGAAACUGCUCAGCUAAGUAUUGGGAGACAGUGGAAGGAGUUCUUGGAUUGUAAUGACACAAUUGGUUACAUAUUUCAUGAUGAUGCAAAGAAGCUUGAUAAAGUUGCUAAGAAUCGAUACACUGCAGACUAAUUAAAACUUUACAAAGGAAACAGACAGCAAUAGUUUGCGGAGUUGGCAAAUGAUGGAUAGCAUUAAUCACUGUUAUUUCAUGUGAUAAAAGCACCAUGAAAUGACCAGGAUGUUCCAAUUGCUGCACUAUUCUCUUCAUGGUUCCAUGUUGCUUUUGGAGUGAAAGGGUCACCACAUAAACCAAUUGAGAGCUAAUUUUUAGCUUUUCUUGUUUCUAUAUGCAUUUGAAUGCUAUGUUGGUUGCAUGUCAAAGGAAUCCUAAAAUGACUUUUCAAAGCCGGGAUUUGUACUGCAGUGUCAA